AUGGCAGACUGCGUCGCGCAUUAUGGCGUGAUCUACCCCGACGGCCGCAAGGGUUCGGCCGACGCCGGCUGGGUCUCCGUCUUUCUGCAGCUUCUCGGUGGCACCAACAUCGUCGGCGAGAUGGUCAUGGCGCAGUUGAGCGUCAGCUUGCUCGACCAGGACGGGGAGUGGAUCUGUGCAAAGCCCGCCGACGCCCCCCGGCCUGUCGUCGUCCCAUCGUCUGACCUGCAGCGGCAGCUCCUCGCCCUCUUGAGGAGCGAACGGGGAGGGGACGUGACGUUCGAGGUCGGCAGUGAAGUCUUCACGGCGCAUAGGUACAUGCUCGCCGCUUGUUCCUCGGUCUUCAUGGCAGAGCUCUUCGGCCCAAUGUCGGAGAACGCUGCGGGCAAGGUGCAGGUCGACGACAUGGAGCCAAGAGUCUUCGAGGCCAUGCUCGAGUUCAUCUACACAGAUUCACUGCCCAAAAAUGACGGUGGCGAGAAGGUGGAGAUGGCCCAGCACCUGCUCGUGGCGGCAGAUAGGUAUACUCUCGAAAGGCUAAAGUUGAUCUGCGAGGACAUGUUGUGUGACAACAUUGACAAGAGCAUGGUGGCGACCACCCUGACACUAGCCGAGCAACAUGGCUGUUGUGGCCUCAAAGAGGCGUGCUUCAACUUCCUCGGUCGGAUUCCGGGCAACCUUGAGGCCGUCAUGGCGAGCGAUGACUUUCAACACCUUAAGACAAGCUGCCCUUCCCUCGUUAAGAUCAUCAUCGACCAGGCCGCGGCCGUGUUUGGAUCACACGUUCUCAAGAUAGACGGCUACUCCCAAACCAAAGGGCUCGAUAAUGGCAGAUGCAUCACGUCCAUGGUGUUCGUCAUCGGAGGCCUUCGCUGGAGUAUGCAAUACUACCCCGAGGGCCAGACCUCAGAGGACACCGGCUGGAUAUCCAUCGUCAUCAUGCGUAAUUACACCCGUGACGAUGAUGAAGGCGCUGUCAAAGCAUGGUACGAGAUCAAUUUGCUCGGCCAGGACAGAAACCCGGUGCCAUGGUGCAGUAGGGCUAGCAGUUCACCACGCGAAUUCUCUCAUGGGCGAGGACAUGGUGGGAAGCUCAUCGAGAGGAGCGUCUUGGAGGGAUCCGGCUACCUGAAAGACGAUGCUUUUAGUGUAAGGUGUGAUAUCACCAUCUUAGAGUAA